AUGGGCUGCCGCUGCGUUGACGCAAGCGCCGAGACCGUCCUCGGCCAGUGGCGGGGCAUCUGCCAAGCGUACUACUUCCAGCAUGACGAGACCCACGACGCCAAGGCGAUCCUCGACGUCUACGAAGGCCUCAAGCUCGACCAAGUCGCCAUCUCGAUCCCAGGCGCGGGCAGCACGUCGAGCGCCGACGCGACGCUCGCGAGCCUGGGCCUCGCGCACUGCCCCAUCGCCGACCACAGCGACAUCUUCUACACCAACCUCACGGUGCUCGAGCGCGUCAAGAACCAAGUCCGCGCCGAGUUCCACGCGUACGCGUCCAAGCAGCGGUACGACGAGUUUGCUGCGACGCUCGCGCAGCGCCAGAGUGUGCACUACCUCGCCGAGACGCACCCGGUCGAUGGCACGCCCUUCUUGACCGUGCGGCUGCUGGAAGGGUACCUCCGCACCCGCGCCGAGAUCGAUGCGGCCAAAGACGCGCUCAUGUCGUUUCUCCAGCAACACAACGCCAACAUUGGCGCCCACCCGUUUUUGCAAGGGCUUCGGCGCUUCAUCCAAGCCAACAUUGCCAAGGCCAACGUCAUUGCGUGGCGAGUCUCGGACGCUGCGUUCGUCGAGAGUGGCGGGUCGGCCUUUGCGAGCACGGCGACUUCCCUGCUCAUCGACCAUCUGCACUGCGGGCACAUUGAGGUGGCGCCCCAGACACGGCUCUUUUACAUGGACCCGUACAUGUCCAACGCGCAUCUGCGCGAGCUCAUUGUCAUCUUCCGCCGCCAGCCGCCGAUGGAAGGCCGGCCGACCGGCGACGACGUCAAGACGAUCGUCGUCCGGCAAAACCCGAUCGGCCUCUACGACGAGCCGGGCCCGCUCUUUCUCAAGUUUUGCACGCUGCUAUAA